CCGCCGGGCUGUCAGGCUACGGCGUUAUCGCUGUCUGGCGUUUUCAUUGGCUUGAUGUUACGUUCAGGUGACGAUGAGUUUGGGGAAAUUUCCUGAUACGCUGAUGCAUGCAUGACGGAGCCGUUGGAGACUAUGAGUUUGCUAACUGCAUGUAGGACCAUCAGACGGGUUGACUAGGAGCGGAUCUGUUGAAGGGACAGCAGGAGGACAGCCAGUUAUUUCGGGUUAUUUCCUAACUGAGUCAUGACCUUCAACCAUGUGGAUCCACAGCGGUUCCUGUAGGUGAACUUGGUAGAGGUCCAGAUGGAUAAAAUAUCCCGAAAGGUUUCAAACCAGGACAUAAACCCCUGCUUAGAGGAGAGCAAUGCCUCCCAUAAGUGUUUGGAUUCUUACAACUAUGAUAGGAGCAUGUGUUCGGCCUACUUCCAGACAUAUAAGAACUGCAGAAAAUAUUGGCACAACAUAAUGGUGCAGAGAAGAAGAGACGGUGUUAAACCUGAAAUGCCCACUGCUGCAGAGAGGCUGGACAUGCUCAAUGCUAUUGGAGGCAAACCCUACUAACAAUCAGCACAGUCAUAAAGCUGCUGGGACAGUCGGCCUGCACUGUGUGGAGAUGCUGGUACACUGCAGUAACUGUGAGGAACCACUAUUUGUUGGAGAAGAAAACGGGAGCAAUGGCUGUUGCACUCUGAGAAGACAUUAAAGCUGAGAUGUAAAGCUGUUCAUUGGUGUAUCAGCAGCCAACAAAGUCACUUCUACAUAAACUACUUGUUUAAAGAAAUAUCAUAUUGGGUCAGCUCCAUGUGUCAUGAAAGAUUAACCUAGAUGAAUGAAGGACAUAAUAAUAGAUUAAUAAUUGUAUUCUCAAUCAUUUCUGUGUUCUCAAUAAAAUGAAAGCAAGUCUUUAUGACCAAAAAAUCUCA